AUGCCAAUGCGACUGGAUGAAGGAUGGAAUCAAAUUCAGUUUAAUCUUUGUGACUUCACCAGGCGCGCCUAUGGAACAAACUACGUCGAGACACUGAGAGUGCAGAUUCACGCCAACUGCCGUAUACGCCGAGUUUACUUUUGUGACCGGCUUUAUUCAGAAAGUGAACUACCACCAGAAUUCAAGUUGUAUCUUCCAGUUCAACAGAAAAUAGCUGCCUCUUAA